AUGCGCCACUUUACAUUGAUUGCUUUGUUCACAUUCAACAUUGUACAGAUUUUGGCUAGAGAACAGAACGUUAUAGCGAACGGUCGGCUAAUGUGCGGAAGUUCGCCAGCAGUAAAUGUGCGCGUCAGUUUGUAUGACAUUGAUACAGGUAAGGGGGAGGGGUUGGUUUUUUUGAGGGGGGGGGGAGAAAAAAUAGAGAAUGUGGGAUGGCGUUUAAGAAGCAUAAAUUUUGAUUACCUUUACAAUGUAACACUAAAAAUGCUAUAAAUUUUUUAAAUUCCAUUUUUAUAAGCUCAAUUUCAAAUUGACGGCUUUGAUAAAGGUGUCACUUUUGGUUGUCAUAAAUUUAUAUUAUUUUUGUUAAAAAAGAUUGUCAAAGUAAAAAAACAUUAAAAAUACAAUUUUUAUUGUCACAUUGUCUGAUGUUUGCUAUUUGCAGCGCCCGACCCCGAUGAUCUCCUCGACGAAAUGUUUACGGACAUUGAAGGCGAAUUCGUUGUAAGAGGCUCAACCGCCGAAGACACUGAUAUCGAGCCCAUCCUGAAGGUAACACAUGAUUGUGAAGAUGAUAACAAGGUAAUUCUGAUUACAAUUUUAUGCUUUUUGUUACAAAAUUAUGUUAAAAUUUUUUUUGAAAAAAAAGGUGCAGGGGGGGGGGUGCCAAGUUCAACAUAAAGUAGUGUCAUUUUUGAUAGUGUAAGGAUUGAUAUAGGGUGAAAUGGUAUUUUUAAGCAAGUUUAUUGACUUCAAAAUGUGUUUUUCAAAAAUUGUUUAAAAUCUCUUUGAUUAUACACAGAAAACCACCGGUAAAGUUUUGUAACAGAACUUUUGGCGCACCUUAUAAAUCAUUUUUUUUUUGAAAUCACGUUGAAAUUCUUUCAAUUUUAAGCUGUUUUCUUCAAUGUUCCGGCUUCUUCUUCACGUUAAAGCUAGUUUUUGUUCUAGUUUUUUCUGUUAAGAUGAUUUUUUGAUAACCUUUUUCGAGUGUUAAGAUGAUUCUUGAGGUUAUCAGUCUGUUUUUUGUAUGGAAAUUUUGCUAAAAAUAUCUAAAAGCUUGCACUUGUUUGUUUAAAGAUCACGUAAGAAUUUCGAAUUUCAACGAAAAAUGCGUUUUUUCAUGUUGUUAUAGGGGUUUUGGGCUAAAUUGGUUCGUUUGAAGAUGCCUUGCGUUAAUUUGAGGCGGAUUUUGUGGGUUAUGAUCCCUUACACAAGGCCAAGUUUUCGUGGUGGGAAACAAGUAUGAAUUGUAGGGCUGGGGCUAGUGUUAGGCUAAAUCAUGAGAUUUAAAAAAAUUAUUAUAAAUUGAUGACACUUUUCAUUUAAAAUGACAUUUUUAAACUGACAUCUUCUUCAGAACCACCAAGGCAGAAGAAUAGUUACCUUCGCCAUCCCAUACAGCUAUGUCACCCUCCGUGGCAUGCCUCACAAACGCUUCGAAUUGGGAACGAUAAACUUGGAGACUAAGUUCCACAACGAAGAACGACAAGUCCCAUCCGCCAAGAUCCGACGACAUCAUUACUAUCCACGAAGACUUAACUAUGACAAUGAUUUUGACAUUUUCGACAGUUUCUGA